AUGCAGUUGAGGGCGCCACUGCUGAUGCGGUUCCUGGUCUUCCUGAGCUUCCUAGACAUCUGCUGCCAGGGCCUGUUUGGCGUUGUGGGAGAAAACUUUACUUUUCCAGUAAAUAUAGGGAAAAAAACCGAGGAAAUAAUUUGGACAAAAAACAAGGAUAAAGUGGCUGAAUGGGAAGGGCAAAACACGACGUAUUUUACUCCUUUCCAUAACAGAGGCUUCCUGAAUGAGGAGAAUGGCUGCUUGACUAUAUUUAACUUGCAGAACAGUGAUGCUGGCAUAUACGUAUUAGAGUACUUGGGUACUCAGAAAGAAAGUUCUUUCUUAACCUUCACGCUUACUGUCCUACCUCCCCCUUCAAAACCUGAAACAAGUUGCCAUGUCAGGGGGGAUAGCUUUGCGUUGAAAUGUACAGCAGAUUUCCCAAAGCCUCUGAAUUACACAUGGAAGUUGAAUGGCAUACUGCAAACCGUUCAUCACAUCCCAGAAGUUUUCAUCCCUAAGAAGGAUGUUGGUGCUUCCGCGAAAGCUACGUGCUUCGUUAAAUUCUCUCAAACGGAAAAGAGCUCUGAAAUCUCUUUGACUCAAUGCUUGUCAGACACAAAAGGAGACAGCCAUCAUGAAUUGAGUAGAGCUGGUCUUAUUGCAGCUUUCAUUAUUUGUGUGACACUUGGAGUAAUAGUAGUAUUUCUAUACAAAAGAG